AUGUCUCAGGAAGGUAAUUAUGGGAGGUGGACAAUAUCCAGUAGUGACGAAAGUGAGGAGGAAAAGCCCAAACUGGACAAUCCAUCUACCUCUCUUCUCCCCCAUGCCGGGCAGCGAGCAGUGUAUGAGCCCAGGUACACCUGUUCCGAGGCCCGGAAAGCCGCCCACAGGAGGAAAAUAUCACCUGUGAAAUUCAGCAACACAGAUGCAGCUUCAGAAGUUUCACCUCCCAAGAGGCAGAAGAGCAGCUCCCAGGAAGAGCUGGGUUGGUGCCUCUCCAGCAGUGAGGACGAUGAGCUGCCCGCAGAGACGCAGCAGAAAGUGGCUGUCAAAGAGGAGAGGGGUGCUUCCUCUCCCAAAGGCGGUGGCACCCCACACGCUGGCCAUCAGGGCCCUCCCGCCGGCCGUGCCCUCGCGGAGGACGAAGACGAAUACGAAACGUCAGGGGAAGGCCAGGACAUCUGGGACAUGCUGGAUAAAGGGAACCCCUUCCAAUUUUACCUCACUAGAGUCUCAGGAAUUAAGCCAAAGUACAACUCGGGAGCCCUGCAUAUCAAGGAUAUUUUAUCUCCUCUAUUUGGGACACUUGUAUCUUCAGCACAGUUUAACUACUGCUUUGACGUGGACUGGCUCAUAAAACAGUAUCCACCGGAGUUCAGGAAGAAACCAAUCCUGCUUGUGCAUGGCGAUAAGCGAGAAGCUAAGGCUCACUUACACGCUGAGGCAAAGCCUUACGAAAACGUUUCCCUCUGCCAGGCAAAGUUGGAUAUUGCAUUUGGAACACACCACACGAAGAUGAUGCUCCUGCUGUAUGAAGAAGGCCUCCGAGUGGUCAUACACACCGCCAACCUCAUCCGCGCUGACUGGCACCAGAAAACGCAAGGAAUAUGGUUGAGCCCUUUGUACCCACGAAUUGCCCACGGAACCCACAGAUCUGGAGAAUCGACUACACACUUUAAAGCUGAUCUCAUCAGCUACUUGACGGCUUAUAACGCGCCCCCUCUCAAGGAGUGGAUAGACCUCAUCCAUGACCAUGAUCUUUCAGAAACCAAUGUUUACCUCAUUGGAUCAACCCCAGGACGCUUUCAAGGAAGUCAAAAAGAUAAUUGGGGACACUUUAGGCUUAGGAAGCUUCUGAGAGAGCACGCCUCGUGCACGCCCAACGCCGAGUCCUGGCCGAUAGUAGGUCAGUUUUCCAGCAUCGGCUCCAUGGGGGCUGACGAAUCCAAAUGGCUGUGUUCUGAGUUUAAAGAGACCUUGGCAGCCCUGGGGAAGGAAGGCAGGACCCCGGGGAAAAGUGUCGCUCCGCUCCAUUUGAUCUAUCCUUCUGUGGAAAAUGUGCGGACCAGCUUAGAAGGGUAUCCAGCUGGGGGCUCUCUUCCCUAUAGCAUCCAGACAGCGGAAAAACAGAAUUGGCUUCAUUCCUAUUUCCACAAAUGGUCCGCUGAGACGUCUGGCCGCAGCAAUGCCAUGCCACACAUUAAGACAUACAUGAGACCCUCUCCAGACUUCAGUCAGAUUGCUUGGUUCCUUGUCACUAGCGCGAAUCUGUCCAAAGCCGCCUGGGGAGCAUUAGAGAAAAACGGCGCCCAGCUGAUGAUCCGUUCCUACGAGCUCGGGGUCCUUUUCCUCCCAUCAGCAUUUGGCCUGGACAGCUUCCCCGUGAAACUGAAAUUCUUCUCGGGCAGCCAGGAGCCAGCAGCGGCCUUCCCCGUGCCGUACGACCUGCCCCCAGAGCUGUACGGAAGCAGAGAUCGGCCGUGGAUUUGGAACAUUCCUUAUACCAAAGCCCCCGAUACACACGGGAACAUGUGGGUCCCAUCCUGAGAAGGCUGAAGCUCUGAGACACUUGAGUGUAAGACACUGAGCCCCAAGCAUCAACUGUUCUUGUUCGUACUGGGUGUUCACAUCCCUUCAAGUUAUCUCUGCACCCCCAGGACACUCUUUGCAAAGGUCACUCUUUUGAACGUGGAC